UCAGGGUUACUGACAGCCGUGCUGGCCAAUCACUGGCUGGAUGACAGCGCGGCAGGAGAUGGCCCCGCCCACCUGCUCUCGCUGCUUGGCGGCCGCUUCGACCUGGUCCUCCAGUCGUGUCGCUCAGGUCACAUGGUCCCCGAGCCCGCCAUGUUCAGGUGCGCUCUGAAGCACCUGGGAGUGACGUCACAACAGGCCGUGUGGCUGGAUGCAGAUGAGGAAGGUGUGAAGGCAGCAGAGGGAGUGGGGAUGAAGGCCAUCUUGGUGGAAAACCUGGACGACGCUCUGAAGAAACUGGCCCACUUCACAGGAGUUCAGGCUGAUGGAGCAGAGAGUCCUCCGCCCUCCUGCAGCCCUGAGGAAGUGUCUCAUGGAUUCGUUACCAUCAGGCCCGGUGUGAGGACCCAUUUUGUUGAAAUGGGCUCAGGUCCGCCCGUCCUGCUGUGCCACGGCUUCCCUGAGAGCUGGUUCUCCUGGAGGUUCCAGAUACCUGCCAUGGCGGGCCCGCUGGGCUUCAAGGUUCGGGCUCUGGACCAAUGGAUUUACAUCACAUUUAUCGGACAAACAUGGGGAGUGAAGCGAUGCCACAGCGUCACGCUGGUGGACACAGACUGGGCGGCCGGCUCUGUCCGAUGUGUGGGGCCUGUUUCCUAUAACCCCCCAGGGGUGAUUCAUAUUUGUUUUUCGAUGCAGAUCCCUGACCUGAAGCGAGGACACAUCGAGGAGUGCGGACACUGGAUCCAGAUGGAGCGUCCGGCAGAGACCAACAGGAUCCUGAUCUCCUGGCUCUCAGAGACUCUGAAAUAACAUCACAAC